CGACACACUACUACUAGCAAUCCACUCACGACCCCGACACGACCCAUUCCAAUUCCCACCCCCUUCCUUCUCGGCUCAUUCAUCACUGAGCGCAAGGCGCCGAGCCCAUCUCAUUGCAGAAGCAGUAGAGGUCAAGUAGCAAGCAAUCAGCAGUCUACUCCAUCGCUCAACACUCUGCAAUGACGGCAACAGCAGCCUUUACCUCAGUGUCGGCAUCGUCAACACCACCGACGCCACCCACUUCACUCCCCGCAUUCUCGAGGCUAGCAUCGGCCACGCUGUUACAGCGCAAUGCCUCGACGUCAUCUUCGAGGUCGACAACGACCACAGAGUCAACAUCAAGUCUUGUGGCCGUUCCCAUGCGACCCCCACCUAUUCAGACCCGAACAGCGGCAACGCCCGACGCUCAACUCGCAACCUCGGAUGCGUUGGAAGACUAUGGAUCGAGCGAGCCAGAACGUGUCCCAGUGUACGGCGGCAGGGGAUUCAUGCACAACGGCCCUCGCAUGGCACGGCAAGCGGGACAGUCGUCGUCCCCACCGUCGAUCGUGACGACGAGUUCCCCAGAAGCAGCAAGGUCGUCGUCGCUUCCUUCACAUCAAGCCGGCUAUAGCCCAACAACCCCAAGAGCAAGCAGACUGCCGCUUCCAUACGAUGCGGUACCCGUGCCAACUUCGCCAAACCAGCUCCGCGUCACGAUGGAGAAUGACGACGAGCUCGUUACACCAGCCCCUCCAUUCCGCAACGACUCGUCACAUUCAAGCCCCUCGUCACCGACAGCGUACCGCUCUCACGGCAAGGCCCGUGCGCUCAGUGCAGACGACAUGGCGACACCGACAGCCGGUGACCGCGAGCGUAGGGCCAGUGGCGUGUCGACGCACUCGAACGGGUCGGCUCAGAAGAAGCCGUCCCUCCGAGACUACAUUCUCGGCGAGGAGCUGGGAAGAGGCAGCUAUAGCACUGUGGUGGAGGCGACUCUUGCUCCAAACUCGUCAAUGCUCUCGGCGUCGUCGCGUGGCCCCAGGCGAUUUGCCAUCAAGAUUAUGAACCAGGCGCACCUCGUGCAAGAGAACAAGAUCAAGUAUGCCCAUAUUGAGCGCGAUGCUCUAAUUCGGCUGUCGAUGCCUCGUCACGCGACAUCGCCCAGGACGGCUCACCGCCGCGGAAUGUCCAACUCGUCGUCGGGUGGCCAGACGGCAGUGGUGACGCACAAGAAGUCGGCCCCAAGCAUCAGCAGCGUCGGCAGUGGUCAGACCCAGAAACGUCGCAACAGCUCGACGGCGACCGGUCCUCAGUAUACCACCAAGGAUCGCCAUGGGCACGGCAGUGACAGUUCUCCGAUUUCGCCGACUACUUCGCUGUCCCCGUUGGCGACGACCUCUAUUCUGGUCAAGAACGGGGAUCAGCAGGAAGUCUUGGAGGAACGCAGUCCCGAAAUGAAGGCUUCUGGUCGCUCGAGCAACCCUCCUUCGCCUGUCAAGGAGGAACCUGGAAAGGAGGGAGAGCUGCCAACAUUCACCAACAAGGUGCACACAACCGAGCCGGGCCAGAUCCAAACUCCGCCGAUGUCGCGACGUGAUUCCGGACAGGAUGCCCCAGUUCCCAAUGCCGACUCGCAGCGCACCCGCACGCCAAGGAAGCGGAGACAGUCUGGCGCCCCUUCGGAUCGCAGCGUCAAGUCCUCAGCCGGGGCCCAUAUGGGCGGCCACCCAGGCGUCAUCCGUUUGUACUGCACAUUUGCCGACAAGACCAGUGUCUACUACGUCCUUGAACUUGCUUCUCAUGGCGAACUCGCGGCCCAGAUCCGAAAGUUUGGCUCCCUGGACAUUACUGCGGCCAAGUACUACGCAGCGCUCCUGAUCGACACAAUCGAGUUCAUGCACGACCGUGACAUUAUUCACCGAGACCUCAAGCCAGAGAAUAUUCUCCUCGAUGACGACAUGCGCAUCAAGGUGACCGACUUUGGUAGCGCCAAGAUUCUCAACAGGAAGGACGACAAGGAGCAGACUUCGAAGCGGUCGUUUGUCGGCUCGGCCGACUAUGUCAGUCCCGAGGUGUUGCGUAACGAGCCUGCAAGCAAAGCAUCGGACAUUUGGGCCUUCGGCGUGGUGCUGUACGACUUCAUUGUGGGCAAGUCGCCUUUCCGCAGCGCCACGGAAUACCUCACCUUUCAAAAGGUGCUCAGCCGCGACCUCUUCUUCCCCGACGACUUUGACCCGAAGGCUCGGUCUCUCGUCGAGCUACUGCUCAACUUGAGCCCGACUGGCCGCCCAACGCCUCAGCUCAUCAAGGCACACCCCUUCUUCGAAGACGUCGACUGGAAUACCAUUUGGACCAUUCCUGCUCCUGCGAUUCACACUGGACUGUCGCCACCUGUACAGACUCUGGCUCAGGUCACACUUGACUCGGAUGUGUGGGCCGCCUUUGACUCGGACGUCUCGGAUGGAGAGUUUGACCAAGACGAGGAGCGGCCGUACGACAAGGAGCCCCGGUUUGAUCGCCUUGCGGCGGCUAACGCCGUCGAAGCUGUCGAUCACCCAGGCCUCCACUUGCCGUCCCGCAACCAGACUCCUGGACCAUCGGAAGACCUCAACCCGCCGCGCCGUGCUUGGCUGGACGAAGAAGCGGCCACCCCUCCUCGUAGGAAGCCCAAGACCCGCGGUUGGUCUACGAGCUCUAGUUCGAGUGGCGGCAGACUUAGCGGCCUGCUCGAGUCAAUGGGUAUCAACCCACCGUUCACUCCCACCGGCAGACGCGCGGGUUCCGGUCACCAAAGUCGGAUGAGUGACAGGAGCGAGGACCAGUUCCGUUUCGACGAGUCACGGACGGCCUCUCCAGACGCGUCCGUCACAUACGGCGUGGCUUUGACUGACAACAGCCAAUGGCUUCCGAUCUUGUUUCCAGCCGAGCGAGUGGUCCUGUCCACUCCGAUCCUCAUUCGCUCGUCGAGUGGUGUCCCACUCCCGACUUUCUUGAUGCCCGCAUCCAAGCGGCGCCAGCUUAUUCUCACCGACUUCCCCCGCCUUCUUGUGGCCAAGGAUGAUAGCCCUGAGAAUGGCGGACCGAGGCCCAAGCACAUUUUCACCUUCCUGGGUACCCCGACAGGUGUUGCAACGCACCCCCCGUCACCAUCCAAGACGCCUUCAGGCUCCACAACUGGGCAAACGCUGUCUCCAGAGGACCCUAUGACCUCGAACGUCAUUCUUGACCUGCAAGAGAAGGGUAGCAAGACGUUUGUUCUUCAGACUGCCACACAGACCUUUAUGUUUGUUACCGACACGCCAGACAUCCGCGCAGUCUGGGUCCACACCCUCAAGAGGGUCGUGUGGCCCCGGUGGUCGCCGGCAAAGCGUAGACCCGAGCUCUAACCUGGCAUCAGCCCGCCGCGCUCCAUGCAUUGAGAGCAGGCGACGAUUGUUGUAUCACUACCUAUCUAUGCAUUUCACGCUAAUACGGAG